CGCCAGCGCGUCGAUCCUCUCUACGUGUCCGCAUCCUCUCGUCCUCCUCCUCGGUCCGCCGCCGCUCGUUUCGCAGUCUCUGGGAGUAUCUGGGCCUCUUCCUUACGAUUCAUACUCUACUGUGCAAGUUAUACUGUCAUUAUAGGCCACCAUGGCCAACUACAGCUAUGACGAGGCCGGUAACAUGGCCGCCUACUUCCUCCUCACCUUCUUGUCAAUCAUCUUGAUUCCACUCACGAUUUCAUCGCUCUCGCCAUCACGAAAACCGCGAGGAAAGUCGGGGUGCCAAUGUCGGGCUUGCGCCGAACAGACAGAGAACAUACGGAGACGAGAAGGAGGAUCCGUAUUAUCUCCAAAAUUGAGGCCAAAGACAUUCAUCCUUGCCGCGGGUUGGGCUCUUGUCGCGUACCUUACCUACAAGGCGGUGACGGCCGAGGUGGAGAACAAGGUGUAUGACCCCUUCGAGAUUCUGGGUCUCGGGAGCGGUGUGGACCUCAAAGCAAUCAAGUCGCAUUACAAGAAGUUAUCCAAGAAGUUCCACCCCGACAAAGUGAAGUUGGGAGUGAAUGAAACUAUGGAGAUGGUCGAGGCAAAAUUCGUGGAGAUCACGAAAGCUUACAAAUCCCUGACCGAUGAAACUAUCCGGAAGAACUGGGAGCUGUAUGGUCAUCCCGAUGGCCGGCAGGAGGUGUCUAUGGGCAUUGCGUUGCCGAAGUGGAUUGUGGAGAGCGGCAACAACAUUUGGGUCCUUGGCGCAUAUGGUCUCUUGUUCGGCGGAGCUCUGCCUGCUCUCGUGGGCCGCUGGUGGUUUGGCAACAGGGACAAGACCAAGGAUGGUGUGAAGGCUCGCAGUGCGGAAGUCUUCUUCAAGACCCUCCAAGAGGAGUCUAGCAUUGAUGACGUCGUGGCCGGAUUUGUGAAGGCAUUUGAGUGGGAGCGCCCAAAGGCUACCGUUAGCAAACGCGAGAGUGAGGUGGACGACCUCGAGCAGCAGAUCAAGGAGCGUCUCAAUGGCAAGUGGACUGAACUUAGCAAGCUGGCCGAUGCGAUGCCGGGCGAACAUGAGACGCGUCGUCGAGCAUUCAUUCUCCUCUACGCACAUCUUCUCCGCAUUCCAAUCCGCAAUGCGUCGCUGCGUCAAGAGCAAGCCGACCUUCUGCUGCAGACGCCGACCCUGCUCAAUUCCAUGCUCAACAUCAGCGUCUCCCGCAACUGGCUCCAGCCGACUCUUUCUGUGAUGCGCCUUCACGCUUACCUCGCUCAGGCAAUACUGCCCGGUCAAGACCACCUCAGGCUCGCUCAGUUCCCUGAUGUCAGCCCGGACGAGGCUGCGACGCUUGCCCCGCCUGAGGGUGCAAACACAGACGCCGUGACGGAGCUCAUCGAAACCCUGGAGCAGAGGUCAGAUGUUCGCGCGUCUGAGGUCAGGAAGGCCGCACAACGUUGGGGAAGGGUUGAGUUGGUCGAUGCAGCACUCCGCGUGUUCGGCGAGCGAUGCAUCACACCGCAGGCGUACAUCAACAUCGUUCUCAAGCUCCGGCUGUCCCCGCCUGGUGCGCCGCACGCGAACGGGGAUGCGCAGACAGAUGGUCGGAGUGAGGAGCAGAGGGAGGAGGAGUUCCUUGCGGGCAAGACAGAUAUGGAGGAUCUUCCAGGCGACGAUGGCGUCAGCUAUGCGCAUGCACCAUACUGGCCCGCACAUCGCAAGCCCAGUUGGUGGGCAGUCAUGUCGGACGCACGGAGCAACAAGAUUAUGAUCGCGCCCAUGAAGAUCUCCGACAUUCCCAUGGGCCCUCAGUACCGCAUGUACAGGCAGCAGUUCCAGGGCCCGCCGCAGUCGGGUCUCAACCGGUGGCGGCUGCAUCUGAUAAGCGACACCUUCAUUGGCGAGGAGCUCGUUCAUGACAUGGAGUGGAAGGUAGAGGACCCAUCCGUAGUGAAUGUAGUGGAGAUGGAGUCGGAAGACGAGAUCUCCGAACCCGAGGAGGACUCGCUCGCAGGCCAGAUGGCGCUGAUGCGCGGUGGCUCCGUCAAGCGACAAGAGGACGGGAGCGACGAUGAGAGCACGACGGACGACGAUCGUGACGAGGACGCAGAGUCGUCGAGCAGCAGCGAUAGCGAUUGAGCGUUGGUGUCGUCGUAGUGUAUGGAGGAUAAUGGCGUUGACGGUAGGACGGCAGGACAGGAUCGGUUCUCUGCGUGGCUUGUUCGAUGUAUUUAUUCUCUUUAGUAAUUCUGGUUUCGUCGACACUCUGACAAAAGACAACAUCACCAUCGAUAGUGGUUAACCCUGUA